CAUUUCCUGAUGUAUAUAUAAAGCAAGAACUUCCAUCUAUUCCUUAAACACAAGCAUUCUCACAAUCCUAUAUAGUACUAUCAUAGAUUUCUUCCAAAACACACACCACCGCACGCUCAGGUACGCACACUACCGAGAAAAAGCCAUGCAAGAAGCACUUCCAUACAAAACAUGGCUACCAAUGCCAAGAAAAGAAAGCCUUUUAAGCCUUUCAAUCGGUAAAGCCACCAGCAAUGGUAAUUCUGCUUCAUCAUUUCAUUAUCUCAAGAGUUCGAAGGCGGAGUUGAAGGAUACGAUCAAAGAAAACGCUGUGAUCGUGUUUGGGAAGCGCGGCUGUUGCAUGAGCCAUGUCGUUAAACGUUUGUUACAAGGCCUUGGUGUGAAUCCUCCGGUGUACGAGGUUGAUGAUGAGGACGAAAAUGAGGUGAUCAAGGAGCUGGAGAGGAUCAACGGCGGCGGCGGAGAUGAUAAAGAUCGUGGCCGGGUGCAGUUUCCGGCGGUGUUUAUCGGUGGUCAGUUGUUCGGAGGUUUGGAUCGGAUUAUGGCUACUCAUAUUACUGGGGAGCUGACCCCUAUUUUGAAAAAGGCUGGGGCUUUGUGGCUUUAAUUCGUGAUGUUUUGAUUGCUUGUAAUUGAUGUUUAUUCAUACUUUUAACAAUUGUCCUCUCUCUUUCUUUUUCUUCAAAUUCUGGCAAAUUUCCACCUUUCUUCAUCAAUUGAAUGGAGGAGAUGGAAAGUUUAGAUCAGCUUGACUUGGAC